AUGGCGCGGGAACGGGGCAGUCUCAACGUUAUGAGCGUGCCCGUCUUUUUGAACGAGGCGCAGCGGGGCUCGUCCGGGGCCCACCUCCGCCUUGCGAAGGCGCUGUGGGAAGUAUGCGACGAGGAGCCCGCGCGUGCGGGCGCGGACCUGGUGCACGCGUUUAAGCUCAUCAUGACAUGUGGAGAGCGCACGAUGUAUGUGGACCGGGUGCUGCGCUUCCUGGCGACCUUUGCAGCGCAGGCCUCAGACGAGGGGCGCCUGACUUUCCUGGAGCAGCUGCUCCAGUCACUGGCCUCCCUGAUGCACGCCGAGGACGCGCCCGCGCGCUGGCGCGCCUGUCAGCUGGCCCAGGCCCUGCUGUCGGGCCUACCCGCCGAUGCGGGGCUGUCCGAGGACGUCGCUGACGGCCUGCAGGCGGCGCUGCUGGAGCGAGCAGCCGAUGCCAGACCGGCGGUGCGCGCCGCCGCGGCCCGUGCCCUGGCCCGCCUCCCGGACCCGGGCGAGGACGGCGAUUUUGCCGCCUGCCCCAUCACCGCCACGCUGAUCCGCCUGGCGAGCCACGAUGCGAGUCGGGAGGUGCGGCGCGGCGCGCUGGCCUCCCUGCCACCCUGCGUUCUGGCUGCCCGGGCGGUGCUCGAGCGCUCGCUGGACCCCGACGACGAUGUGAGGCGCGUGGCGUACCUGACCGCAGCGCACGGAGCGGGGCCGCGUGACCUGGCGCCAGCUCAGCGGGCGCUCCUGAUCAGGCGCGGCCUGCGUGACCGCUGCCCGGCCGUGGCGGCUGCCGCGCUGCGCCUGGUCCAGGCCUGGCUGGCCGGCUGUGACGGCGACCCCUUGUCCCUGCUUUCCUUGCUGGAUGCCCACGGGCGCGACGCCGGCGAGCUGGCGCUGCGCGCGCUGCUGGAUGCCGGGACCCUGAACCCCGUCAGGCUCAUGGCGGCCUGGGCGGAGGCAGGGGUCACGCCGCGGUGUGUUACCUCGGAAAGCGGGGCGAAGGAUGCGGCGGCUGGGCAGGCCGAGGAGGGCGACCAGCUGCAUGUCGCCGACGUCGGCGCCGACCUGGCCCUGGCAUGGUGCGCGGCGGCGGCGAGCGCCGCGCUGGAGGCCCUGGACGCCUUCCUCCCUUCAUCCUGGGAGGAGGCUGCCGCGACGCACUCGGCGGUGAAGGGCGAGCAGCCAGAGGCGGCUGACCACCUGCUCCUCAUGUUUGCGACCUGCCUGGAUACGGGGGACGCCGCCGCGCGGCGCACCGCCUCCGACUUGGUCCUCCGCGAGCUGGUCGGAGAAGGGGACGAGCUCGCAGCCGAGCCCCGCGGCCUGGCUGCGCCCAUCAGGGAGGUCGCGGCGCGGGCCCUGGCCCGCCUGCUGCGCGUCGCCUCGCCCGCGUCGGGCCAGCUGGCGCAGGUCGCAGUGGAGCGCCUGUGCGAGCGCUGCGAGGCGGGCGAGACGUCGUCGGCCUUUGCCUCGCCCCGCCUCCUGUCCGCCCUGGCGCUGGCCCUGCAGGCCCUGCCGCCGCGAGGAGUCUCCAGCCUGCUGGACAGGGCGCUCGGGGAUAUCGCGGCCCGCCACGGCGUCGCGAGGGUUGAUGAGUGGCUGGCGGGGGAAGACAGCCGUCCCUGCGUCCCCACCAUGCUGUGCGCGCUGGGGGCCUGGCGCCACGACCUCCUGGCCGGCGGGGAGGAGGGCCCGGAGAGGUCCCGCGCGAGGGACGAGGCGGGUGCCGCCCUGGCCGCCGCCCUGGGCCGCCUGAUGGUGCUCGGCCAGCUCUCGCCGGGUCGCGCCGUGCCGGAGAGCGAGGCGCUGGAGGCCUUGAUCAGCCUCCUGGGCCUGGCCUUUGAUCCGACCACGGAGGCAGCACCCCAGUUCCGCCAGACCCUGACCGUGGCCCUGGAGACCCUGGCCUCCCUCUCCCUGCAGGCCCAGUCCCUGCUGGCAUCGGCGCUCCUCCCCGCCGCCCGCAGGGCGGCGGCAGCGGAUGCAGCCUGCAGCCGCACAGCUCCGGCCUCGGCGGCCACGGCCCCCGUGGUCAUGCGCUUUGUGGCGCAGCUGCUGCACACCCCGGUGUGGUCCGCAGACGCGUCUGACCCCGGCCAGCCGCGCCAGCGCGCCGCCUCCAGCCACGAGAGCCUGGCCCUGGUGCUCGUGCGUGAGCUGGCGGCGUGGCGGGAGAGCGGGGCGGCCACGGCCGCGGCGCGCGCCUACGCCUCGGCCCUCGCCCGCCUGCUGAGCACGCUGCCCCUUCGCGCCGGGCUGCAGGGCGACGCCGCCGCCACGCUGGCAGCGGCGCACGAGGCGCUCGAGGAGCUCGUGGGCGAUGCGGCCUUCACACGCCAGGCUGGCAGCGUGCUGGCGCGGGAGGCGCGCGCCGCAGCGGCCCGCCUGCGGGAGCGCCACGAGGCGGCGGCAGAGCAGGUGGACAGCGACGCUCUGCAGUGUGCCGCAGAGGGCUCGCAUGCCACGCACGCAGAACUCACGACAGGCUGCCCGCUGCCGUUUGGGCGGCAGGGGGCGGGGAAGGCCGCGCCGCGCCGCGCCUCCCGAUCUGCUUUUGCUGGUGGUGGGGCCGGUGAGCCGGAUGCUGACGAUGCCACGAGCGACGAAGACGAUGACGACGAGGUGGGGAAUGCUGCCGUCGGUCCCGCCCCGCGUCGGCGGCUGCCGCGCCGCUCGACCACGAGUGGCGUCAGGUACCGCGCGGCCUCCAGCGAAAGCGACGGCUCUGAAGGAGAGGAAGACUCGGAUGCCGGCAGCAGUGCAGGGGGCAGCGAUGGCGGCGGGGCGCAGGAAACCGUGAGCGAGGGACAAGAGAACGAGGGCAUGCGCCGGCCCCGCACCUCGGCGGCGGCCGCCUUGGAGAAGCCGGAGGUCCGGAGGCUGCGCGCCGCGCUGGCGGAGAACUGCGUGCUCUGA